GUCUGUGGCAUUAGCCUGAGCAGACUCAGAGUCUCACACACACACAAAACGAGGAAGAGUGGAAUCAACAGGCAACAGCAGAGUUGAAACACACUGAGUGCUGAAGAGCAGAAGCUGACCAGAGUAGUUUCAAAGCAGCUGUAUCUUCAAGAAUACUACAGUGUACUUGGACUUGGAGCUUUCUGGAGUGUUUGUUUGGCUGAACUUUGGACUGACUACUGCUUUGUUGCUCCUGAGAAAGAGUCUCUUCGUUUAAACUGGAAACAGCACAGAGACAAACUGUCCGCAGAGAAGUAUUCAAGCUUUCACUUAUAGAGCCUUCAGUUUCACUGGACUCCUGUUCUACCAUGGCUGCUGUACGUCAAAUGGUUAUGGAGGCCUCUGGCUACCAUGUCCUGCCAGCUCACCUUAUGGCAUCAGCUAUGGAGGAGUUUCCCCAGCAGUUGCCCGUCCCAAAGGGCCCAGCAAAGGGCAAGAGCCGCUCCCGUCGACCUCGCGAGGCUCGCUUCAAAACACAGCCCGUCACCUUCGCUGAGAUCCAAGAGGUAGAAGAAGAAGGCUCCUCGCCCCUGGAGGAGGAAAGGGCACGGCGCUCCUUCUUGCAGUCACUGGAAAACCUGCGGCGGAGCACACAGACCCUCCACUGCCCACCUACUGCCCAUCACAGCUGCACCCCUACACCCACACAGGCCAGCCUGGACUCCAGCGACUCCGACUCCACCCAGUGAGGGCAGAGACAUGACCUUCUCCCGGCUCCCACGUUCUUCGCUUUGCCUUGACCCCGUUUUGAACUUAGGUCAACUGAACUGAACCAAAGUGGCCUGUCUGCCAGGCUGCCUGUGUGUAAACUGCUGCUCUUCAUUCAAAAGCCUGCCUUUUAAAAAAUACUAACAUGCCAACACAAAGUAUAGAGCUUAAAGAUGCACUUACAGCAUAUCUGUAAUGAGCUCUACCACAGGCUGGUUACACUGUUCCACAGAUAUGACGAGUGUAAAAGUAACAGUGUUGAGCGCAUCACUCUUCAUACGUAUUCCUUUUUUACAGUAGUCUGAUAAAAACUUGAAGGAUGAAAGAUAGAUGGUAUUUUCCCAUUUUAAAGCUGUAUUUUUUUUUUUUUGUUUGAAUCCAUAUUUUUCUACUUGAGUCACCAUAGAAAGAACUCUUAAAAGGUUUUAGUAUUGUGACUUACAAGGCUGUAAAUACUUUGACUAAGCAAAAUGCCCAGCAUCGAAAGUGACCUGGCUGUCACUGGAGUAGUAGAGUACCACUGACAAAGCUUUGUCAAGAGUUUGAGCUCUUGUUUUCCAGCUUCGGUUCAUGUGCAAAAACAUACUUUCUGCAUACAUGUCUUUAUUUAUUCCCUUAUUUUGUUCAUAACCAAGUGGAGCUGUAGAUGUAAUAUUAUUUUAUUGUUCUUUCUGACUUCUAAAGUCACCUCGACUUUCAAUGAAAAAUAUAACCUUUAUACUUGUUUUUUUGUUUGUUUUACUUUAUACAUAUAUGUUUGUCGUAUGUACCUAUAAAUAAAUAUUUUCAAAUAUUUUGAACCA